UUCCUGAAUUAUAAUAACAAAAUGUGUACAAAAAAUAUGGAAUUGAAUCAUAUAAUUAAAGAAUUGCAAACCUGUACAGAGGACACUAUUAUUUUCAGAAAGUUGAUAAAUUUUGCUUCAUCAUGCAAAGAAUCAUGGGAUGAUGAAUAUAUAAAACAAUGGCAACCAGUUCUGGUACAUAUUAUAGAAAUCUUCAUUCCAAAUACAGAAAUAAGAAGAGAAAGGACAUUAUUGGCUUCCCACACAUUUUUCGUUUUACUAUCAAUGCAGCCUACUUCGGUUCUUCUAAAAGAUACUUUUACUAAUUUUUUAACGUUUAAAUGUAACGAAGUAUACGUAUUCGAUAAAAAAUACGGUAUCAACGAACCCGAAUUGUUCAAACUAAUUUGUGCUCACGGGUAUUUACAAGCGAAUCGUAAGGAAAUGUACUCCAAUGACAUUUGUCUUCUAAUUUUUGAUCUUAUAUUCGAACAUUGCGUAAGGUAUACGAAACAUUCUUAUUUCGCGUAUAAAAUAUUAUACAUGUGGUUGCAAAGAACUAUGAAUACAAAUCUUUGGAGCACAUGCUCGGCGGACUUACACAUCGAGCAGCAACUUGAAAAAAUUAUUUUCUCAAAUUGGCAUAAUGCUAUCAAUGAAAUAAAUAAGCAAAAUUCAGCGCUUAUUUUUAAUAUGUACCUGAAAAUUAUGGAUAAAAAGUAUAGUGGAUACCUAGAAUAUCUAUUUAAGCAUUGCGUCGAUACAAUUUCAUGGCAGAACGAAUUAAAGUACGAUAUACUCGCAGAGAUUUGUGAAGUCUGGGACAAAAUUGAAGUUAUGACGUCCCGUGACUUUUUACUUUCUCUGUGUACAAGCUUAACGAAAUAUUAUUUGCGUUCAGCGGGUACGAAAGUUUACCUUGCCAUUGUAAAAAAGUUAAGCGAAAAUGAGUGGGAAAAAGCAUUUGGAGAUAUAAUAAAUUAUCUCUUCCAUCAUUGGGAAUCAGUGGAAAAUGAAAACUAUGAUGCUCUUCAGUUACUCUGGAAACACUGGCUUAAACCAGUCGUUAAAAAAUACAGAAAUAUCUUACCGUAUUUAUGGGAAUUGACCAGAGAUAUAAAGACGCAUUUUAUCCGUUCGCAUCUUCAAAAAAUCGCCUGUGAAAUGCAUAUUGUUCUUCCACAACAAGCAAGCGUUGAGUGUUAUAUAUAUCGCAGUAACAAGAUCGUGAGAUUGAACGGAUUUGCCAUAAACUGUUAUGAAGCGAUUAACAUUUACAAUGAGAAUAAAGAUCGAUUCUUUACAAUUAGAAAUUUUCUAUGGCACAAUGCAAAUAGUACAACAGUCUAUAUGAGAGAUAGGAUUGUGAAAUAUUUUAAAGUAUUUUAUGCUAAUGUCUUAAAGAUGUGUGAUAGCAGAACAGACUGCAUACAUGAUGUAUACUAUAUCACAUAUUGGCUGCAUGAAUUUCUAUUAGAUUGCUUUGAACUAGGUUCUUGUUAUCAAAGAAACAUUCUAGGAAUAAAUUUAUAUGAAGCUAUACUUUCUUUUACCGAUGGGCAUGUGAUAAAUAAAUCCAAUAAUAUGGAAAAUACAUUGAUAGAAAAACAUUUGAAAACUACUGACAAUUGGAAAUUUACAAACAAAAGAAGUUUAAUUGUUUUAAUAACACUUGCGUUAAAUUCUACGCUUGAUGUUAAACGAAUAGCCAUUUCUGUUAUUCUUAAAUACUUCGAUAAAAAUAUUUUAUCUGACAUGGACAAACGUGCAUUAUUCGGGAUGGUAUUGAAUAGUAAUACCUGGAACCGUGACGAUACCGAAAGUGGCGCAACUCUUAUGUUAAUUUUAGCAAAUUGGCUACCUCCUAUAGACAAUGUCCUGGUAGUAGAUGAACACGGAAGAGACAUAGAUUAUAAUAAUUCAAAAUAUUCAAACUACUUAUUAAUUAAAGCUACAAAGCAGUUAACUGACAUGAAAAGAAAUAUACACCUAACAGUUUUAUACCAGCAUCAUCCAUUUUAUGGUUUAAUGGCAGCUUUAUUAAAUAUUACUUUUCGCAAUGGCCCGGAAAGUUCCUGCUUGACCUUACAGUUUGUCGAAAAAACAUUAGAUCUAUUGGAAGAUGCUGUAGAUUUCGUCCUAGCUAAGCUUUAUUUGGGAUCAAAGAAUAAUGAGAAUUAUUCAUCAUCGUUCGCGAAAACGGGAUUAGCAAUUAAUACAAUGAUUGAAAAUAGCAAGUUAGAUGAUAACGAUUUUAUCUUGAAAGUUACUGGAUUAAAAAUUUACAACAUUUGGAAGUGUUUAAAAAUCUCCUGUGAGAUAGCUAGUGAAAUAGGUGCAUUAAUGUAUACAGACGAAACGGUCAGGCGUUCCAUUAAUAUUAUCGUUACUGUAUUACUCAGAUGUAGACAUAAAGGUGCAGUGGACGCUGCGGGUACAGCAAUAGGACAUUUAAUGAGAUGUUUAUGCAAAGAAUCUAAGUAUUCUGAUUUGCCAAAAGAACAUAUAUUAUGUAUAUUAGAACAUCAUUCUAAACUAUAUUUAAAAAGUAUCACAAGAGUUGAUGUGUUAUCAAUAAUGUUUCAUAGAAUUGUCCUUAGCGAUAAUCGAAAGGAUAGACCUCUUCUACAUUUUGCUGUAAAAAGAUUGUUAAAUAUUCUGGACAAUACUUGCGACGACAUUUUCAAGUGUACAAAGGCCCAACCUAACUCACCAUCGGCGAGAUAUUUACAUUUCUUACGGGCUUUAGUGUCUGAUAAAGAAAUGCACGCACAGUUGAUCCCGUAUAUAGAAAGAAUUUCACUGACCUGUUUCAGAUAUAUGCAAUGCGAAGUAUGGAACAUAAAAAAUGCUAGUCUACAAUUGUUUGGGUCAAUAGUACCAAGAUUAGUAGGUCAAAAUUCUGGUGACAAGUUAGAAUUUGGAAAUAGAUACUCAACUAAUCAUUUUGUCACGCAUUAUCCUGUGCUCGCAGAUUACAUUAUGGAAGAAUUGCAGAGAUUCUUGUCUAUGUGCAAGGAACGUCCCACCGCGCUAUAUCCACAUUCGAGUAUCGUUCACAUUCUUAUACUUCUGUCACAAUUUUCAAGUAGCGCUUGCAACUUGAUCGAUUACUCUUCGCAAAACUAUGUUUUACAAGUGAAAUAUUUACUUCAUAUGUUCUUCAAAAGUCCCAUUUUACAUGUUAGACUUUUAGCUGCGAAAGCGUACGCGGGCUUGACAGAUUUUUUACAAAUUGAACUUACUUUUGAGAAAUUAAAACGGACAAUUUCUUCCUGUCGGAAUAUUAAUUUGAUCCAUGGAUAUUUAUUGGCAAUGAAAUUUCUGAAGGAAAAAUUUUCCGUUGAAAUGGAAAAUAUGAACUUGCGUUCAGAUGUUAAACAGUAUAAAAAACUAAGACUUCGAGAUAUAUCAGAAAUUUGGAACAAUAACCCACAAAAAUGUUAUAUAUUAGAAAAGCUAUUUCUACAACUACAAGAAACAUUUACCGAUGAAUUAUACCACUUUAACGUAAACGUAUCCCUGCUUUCUUCCGAGAAAACAAAACCAGGAUUUUUCCAAUUCAUUAAUCAUUCUACAAAAUUGUAUGCAGACUACAUUAACCGUACAAAUAAUAUUGAUAUUGUUAUUGUACAGACAAUUUUGGACUCCUCUUGUAUCGAUCAAAGUAUUUCUUUUAUAAAUCAUGUAUCACCUUCUGUACCAGUGAUGAGAAUCGUUCUUAAGAAUUUAAUGUUGAACAAACACAAUGAAUUACUUCUUAGUAGAAUGACUAAUUAUGUUCUUAAAACUUUAAAACAUUGUCCAUUAUCGGACAUAAAAGAAAUUUCGUUUGCCGAGAUAGUGAAUCUUUCAAACGGUCCAGUUCCCUUACCGGAGAUGUUAAAAGACGUAUUGGUAAUAAUAUUUUAUGACAACAUGGAAAUGAUAUUUCCACUACUGUUCCAUUAUGUUGUUUUCUAUAGUAUGCACCCGGAUGAACAUUUUAGACGAUUAGCAGCGGAAUAUAUGCAUUUAUCGGUUCGUCGUUUCACAGAAUUUACAAAGAAAUGUAAAUUAAUUAUUUUACAUGGCUGUCUAAUUUUACUAAAAGAUGAAAUCCCUGAAAUAGGUGAAACUAUAGCGAAGAGUUUAAGAAUAUAUGUUCUACCAACAAUUAGUACCAAGUAUGAUAUGUUAGAACAUGGCGAAUAUAUAUAUCAAAAAUUAUUAUUCGAAGUCAUGGCUGAAAGAUUAAAUUUUUCUAAGGAAAAGGACAUGAAUUUACUUUUUAUGAAGUUGUUCACUAUGAGUAUUGAGAAGAAUUUCGGAACAGAAUGUCUAAUGGCGAAUUUAAACGACGAUGAUUUAUUGUAUAGAUAUAAUUACUAUAGAGAGGAGUCAAAAUUUCUAAAUCUUUGUUUUUACUACAUGAAACGAAGGCACAACCGUGAUAAGUACCCUACAAAAGAUGAUACGACAGAAUGUAAUAAUGAAAAUGAUCUACACAUUGUAAAUCAGAUUGAAAAGAUACAUCAAUUCGAACAAAUGUGUUAUUCGGACGUGACAACAACUGUUUCAUAUAGGCAUUGCACAGCUCAUUUAUUAAUUAAGCAAAGACUUGUAACAUCCGAGUACAGUAAUGAUUCUGAUUCUGAUGAAUCUGAAGCAGAAAGGAAUUUGAGCCAGAUUGUGAACCAGCUUGAGAACCAGCUUACGCACCUCAUAUCCCGUGUUUUAGCUUGCGAAUGAAAGAGAAGGAUGAAACGAGAGUCAAGGCAAUCAAGCGAUUUAAAC